AUGAAGUUUGCAAAUAUCUUGGAAAUUGCUGGUGCAGCUGGUGCCUACACAGUCACUGUGGUUGACAAAUUCACGUACAAGAACAUUGAUCCUGUAGUUAUACCGGGCCAAUAUGCCAGCCACAUGCACACAUUCUUCGGAUCUGAUGCUGUGACGUUGAACACAACCACCUCUAAAGAGUUGCAAGCGGGCUGUGCCACAGCAGUCAACCCCAACGACUAUUCCUCUUACUUUCCCAUUAGUCGAUUCAGUGCCUAUUACGUUGCGAUCGAAAAGGUAGAAGUCGCCAUUCCACAAGACUACAAGACUGUCGUCGGCAACGCCUCCGCGAAGUCCGAAGCUGAUACCGAGCCUCUCGCGGGCAUCCAAUGGUUUUGCGAGGGCGGCCCCAGUGCAGGGAAGGAUGUCAAUGGCUUCCCAUCCAAGACCUGCAACACCCAUCUCCAGACGAUUCUCCUGUUCCACGACUGUGUCAACCAAGAGACACUCGAAUCCACAUAUUCUGGAAUCCAACACUGGACCGCAACUAGUAAGCCUGCUAACCGCUGUCCUCUUGGUAUGAAGAGGAUGCCCCAACUGCGCUUCAGCAUCCGCUAUGAUCUUCGCAAGGCUUUGCCUAACGGCUGGGAGGGAACCGCACCCCUGGAACUGGCUUGCGGCCCCGCCUACUGCACCCACGGUGAUUUCAUCAACGGCUGGCUUCCUGAAGCUGCUGAGAACAUGCUGCUUGCGAAUUCAAAGCGAGAUUUCGCCGGUGUAGAUGGUCCUGCAGGAAAAUACAGUGCAGGAUCUGUCUGUGGUGCUCAGAACGCCACGGACGCUGAUCCGGAGAACGGCACUUCCGACUAUUUGACCAGCAAGCAGAUUCUCCAGAAGCUUACAGACCAGAAGGCUUGA